CCCUGGAGUCUCCUACCAUAGGACGGGGAUAUGAAUAGCUGCGGAUGAUUUUAUGGAGGUGACAUCUGGCCUGUGAGCAGGAAUAACUACCAUAGGCGCAGGCCGGUUGUACCUGUCAGGGGAUCUAGUCUUUACUGCUUCCAACCAGACCUGGCCAGGAACAUAGACAAGAACAUUCAGUACAUAUCUGGACAAUCUUCAUAAGUGCAGAGAGAAGGAUCCCGCUCACAUUCAGCAUCCACAUCCCUCAGACAGAUUCACAAUGUCUAACGGUCCUAAGAAGAAACUCACCCAGAAGCUCAAGAAGACCCUUCCUGUGACGGGUCCCCAAGCUCCAACCUUGUAUGAGUUGAUGCAAUGGUACUGCAUGACCACCAACACUCACGGCUGCCGGAGGAUCGUGGUGUCCAAGGGUCGUCUACGUAAAUGGAUCUGGAUUGCCCUGACGUUGACUGCGGUGGCUCUGAUCUUCUGGCAGUGUGCCCUGUUGAUUAUGUCCUAUUACUCCGUGAGCGUCUCCAUCACGGUGAACUUCCAGAAGUUGACGUUUCCAGCCGUCACCGUCUGCAACAUGAACCCCUACAAGUACAGUGUAAUCAGACCAUAUCUGCUCGGAUUAGAAAAGGAUACUUUACAAUACCUCAAAGAGCUAUAUGGAUAUACAGAAUCCUCAAGUCGCAGGCGCAGAGACUUAAGGACGCCACAAAACAUGUCUGCAGCCGAAUCCGAUUACUUCAGCAAGAUUAGGCUAUUUCCGGUGAAAAGCAUAAAUGACAAUCAGGUGGGGACCGAAAAGAUUGCCACACGAAAAAGGAGCAGCAUGGAUGCCAGGGUGGCUCACAGGAAUGCAGAGAUCACCGAUGAGAACAUUGUGGGCUACAAGUUGUGCGACCCCAACAACAGCACCGACUGCACAAUCUUUACUUUUAGCUCGGCCACCAGCGCCAUCCAGGAGUGGUACCGGCUUCACUAUAUGAACAUCCUGGCAAAAAUACCUAUGGAGAAGAAGAUUGACAUGGGUUACUCAGCCGACGAGCUGUUGAUCAACUGUUUAUUCGAUGGCAAGCCCUGUGACGCCAGGAACUUUACCCUGUUCAACCAUUCACUUUAUGGCAACUGCUACACCUUCAAUGAUGCCCAGCAGAAGCAGCUGUUGGAGUCCUCCAUGGGUGGUUCGGAGGCUGGGCUGAACUUGAUCAUCUACAUCGAUGAAGAGGAUUACAACCCAUUCUUGGUUACAGCAGCAGGCGCCAAGAUAUUGGUGCAUGAUCAAAACGAUUUUCCAUUCAUUGAAGAGUCAGGAACAGAACUCGAGACGGCUACGGAAACAUCUAUUGGGAUGCAUUUGACAGAAUCUACUAAGUUAAGUAGCCCGUACAGCGAAUGCACCAUCGACGGAAGUGAUGUCCCUAUCCAGAACUUGUACAACAAGAAAUAUACUUUUCAGAUUUGCCUCUAUUCCUGUUUCCAAAUCGAGAUGGUGAAAACCUGCGGAUGUGCCCACCAUGAUCACCCACUACCCCAAGGGGCGCAAUACUGCAAUUUUGAUGAGAUGCCCAGUUGGAUUUACUGUUACUUCAAGCUGCACAGACAGUUCGUCGAGGAAGAGCUGGGGUGUCAGAGUACCUGUCGCGAGACCUGCAGUUUUAAAGAAUGGACGUUUACCAGAAGUGUGGCCAAAUGGCCCUCAAUUAGUGCUGAGGAAUGGACAUUACGAGUUCUGUCCUGGGAGCUGGGAAGCAGAAUAAACAAAAACCUGACCAAAAAUGAUCUAGCAAAUCUGGACAUUUUCUACCAAGACUUGAACCUCAGAACUAUUGCUGAAAGUCCUUCCUCCAGUCUCACAAAUCUUCUUUCAAACGUCGGAGGUCAGUUGGGCCUUUGGAUGAGCUGUUCCAUGGUCUGCGUGCUUGAGAUUGUGGAGAUAUUCCUCAUUGACUCUUUUUGGGUGGUCUUACGUCCGAAGUGGCAAAAGCUGAUUAAAUGGUGGAAAACACGUAAACAAGAAGACGAGGAGCUGCAGCACCCUGAUUCUAUGGCCGGUCAUGACAAUCCUGGCCUAACGGAAGAAGAUCCACCAACAUUCAACACAGCUCUUCAUCUUCCUCACGUGGACAACUGCCAAGUACCAAGAACACCACCUCCCUUGUACAGGUCUCUUCAGAUACAAUCAACUUUCAGUGGGCAUCCUGUGAACUUUGAUGAUGAAAUAGAAGAAAUGUAAAGUAAUUAAUCGUUCUCCUCUUAGAAACGUUUCCUAAAGGAGAGAUUGUUUCCAAGGCUUUUGUUAAGAAGCCAUAGUUCAAAAGGGAUCAAUAAAGAACAACAACAUGAAAGUUGGUUGUAUUUUAAACCAAUUCAGAGACAUUUAAUGCUUUGGAAGACUCCAGGGCUGUUUCUAUGUAAAAUUCUCAGUAGCUAAUGUUUUAUACAGUAUAUGGUGCUAGUUUAGUAUUUAGUGUAUACUUCAAGAAGGUCUUCUAUCCCUCACAAUGUGCCACAAUUGUGUUGACAGAAAAGUCAACAUUUGUUACUGUAGCUUGGUCAACUGACCACUAGUUCUUAAAUUUUUGUACAUUACGCUGAUUAUUUUUGCACAUCCUAUUCCUCUGAAGAGGUAUCCUGGUGGCAGUCCUUGCCUGGUUAGUGUAAGGAACACUAAAACAAAAAAUAUUGCUAUCCAGUAGAUCCCUUGGCCAUAGACAGCUAAAGUCGUCAUGCUGAAAAUGGUCAUAGCAUAGUAUCAAAACAUUUCUAAUUUGUGGUUGGAGAUAAUAUUUGGAAUUUUUUACUUGGCAGAUAGGCAUUUACAUGCUGUGAUUCACUCAUAAUGACCGGACUGUGCCUUUAAUCAAAGACUAAUUCCUUCAGUUAGUUAAUUGAAGUGAAUUGUUAGGAAUUGGAUAUGUGGUGUCGCCAGUCCUGGGCAUCAUGGGCAUGUGUCCCAGGUCUUAUGCAUGGUGUCCUGUAACUGUCCUUAGCAGUGAUCUCCAAAUUUGAUUGAAUCUGUGUCUUCCCAGUAUCCUACAGCAUACCAUGUUUUUUGCACAGUCCACCAGCACCCCUGGCAUGGACAGUUAGCAAAAAGUCUACUGCCAGCUUGAGGCAAGAUGGACUAUCUGGACCACAAUGUUGACCUUAUGAAUGUGUUAAGCUUCCUCAGGUUUUGAAUGGGUAUCCAAGGCCAACACCAGCUUACCAGCUCUUCACGUUGAGCCAUCCCACUGAAGAUUGUGUGUAUUGGGGUAGCGGCAACAUCUGACACCAACGAAGAGUUAUUUUAGAUCAAAUCAAUUACUAUGAAAUAGCCUUGUGUUUCUUCAUCAAGCUUGGCUAUCACGGAGACCCAAAGAUCAUCUAGCGUCUCUCUCAUCAUUUGUCUUUCCAUCAGACUUUUAGAGUGUUUUAGAUGAUUGUGACAACGUUUAAUGACUACUGAACAAUUCUACUUUUAUCUUUUACUGUUGUCAAUAUGCUCGAGCACAAUUGUGCUGUGCACAAAAUGCUGCUAUGUACAAAACUUAUUGGCCUGUUCUAUGGCCACAGAAGAAGGGGUCAAGCAAUAUAUGUUCUCUAACGAUGUACGUGCCUUUAGGUUAACCGAGCAGGGAACUCAUGUAUAUGUAUGAGGCAUGUAUGUAUAUGAUGGCAUAUUUACAUUCAUAUGAAUAUUUUUUUAAUAAAAUAUUGUGAAUAAUCAUGACUGAGAA